AUGAACAAUCUCAAAGGCUUUAUUCCAGAUGAGUUCCCACCUGAUUGUGUUCUAAGGACUCUAGAUCUCAAAAAGAAUAAGUUAGAUGGAAAGAUUCCAAAAUCUCUUGUGAAUUGCUCAGCAUUAGAAGUGUUAGACCUUGCAAAUAACAAUAUCCAUGACAAAUUUCCAUGCAUGUUGAAGAACAUAUCCACACUCCGUGUCCUCGUCUUACGCCAAAACAGGUUCUAUGGUACCCUCAGAUGUCAAAAGACCAAUGGCACUUGGCACAAGCUUCAAAUAGUUGAUAUAGCCUUUUAUAACUUCAGCGGCAAGUUACCUGGAAGAUACUUCACUAGGUGGGAGGCAAUGAUGUCUGAUGAAAACCAAGAUGAUUCCAAUGUAAAUCACCUCCAAUUUCAAAUUUUUCAAUAUGAGGUAAUAUAUUAUGAGAAUAGCGUGACAGUUUCCAAUAAAGGUCAACAAAUGGAACUGAAGAAGAUUCUUACAAUCUUCACAACAAUUGAUUUCUCAUCCAAUAAUUUUGAAGGACCAAUACCAGAGGUGGUAAUGGACUUCAAAGCACUUUAUGUUCUCAACUUUUCAAACAAUGCUUUCUCUGGUGAAAUCCCAUCAACUAUAGGGAACCUAAAGCAAUUGGAGUCCUUGGACCUAUCAAAUAACUCUUUGGUUGGUGAAAUUCCUGUGCAGUUAGGAAGCUUGUCCUUCCUUUCUUACCUAAACCUUUCCUUCAAUCAUUUGGUGGGGAAGAUCCCAACAGGUACUCAACUUCAGUCAUUUCCAGUUUCUUCCUUUGAAGGAAAUGAUGGGUUAUAUGGUUCUCCAUUGAUUGAAAAACCAAAUGGUAAAAGGGUGGAUGAGCUUUAUCCACAACCUUCAUGUAGAAGGCUAGCUUGUUCAAUUGAGUGGAAUUUUUUAAGUGUGGAGUUGGGAUUCAUUUUUGGACUUGGAAUCAUCAUUGGUCCCCUCAUGUUUUUGAAGCAAUGGAGGAUAAGUUAUUGGAAACUUGUGAACAAAAUUCUUUGCUGGAUUUUCCCUUGUAUUCAUCUUGAAUAUGCAACCCACAGACGUCAAAGUUACACAAUUUUAAAGUGGAAGUGGCAAUAG